AUGCCAAAAAAGCGGCUUGUUCCCUUACUGCGAGAGCUAUGCAUUCGGAUAGGAGAUUACACCGUCUGCGACGGCGCGUUCUUCGGCGCUCUCCUGGUCAUCCUGCGCUCGGCCAAGGAGGGGGACUGGGAUGGCAAGGCGGUGCGCCUGGUGCACUUCUUCGUGCGAGGGAUGGUUACUGUCCAGGGGGACACGGAGGGGCGGGUGUUGGGGUCGCACUGGGAGGGCCGCGGGAUAUCUCCACGGCAGAUCAUAGACGCUAUCGAGUGCUUCAGACAAGAGUCCGAGCAUCGUAGCUCAGUUCGACAAAUCCCGGCUUUCCACACCGUGGCGACGCUCUGCCAGCUGGCUUCUGUGUCCGGGGUUGGCGGUCAACCGUCCCCUGUUGAGGUGCUCAGGGAAACGACGCUCACCCCGCUGAGAUCCUUGCAGGCCCAGGAGAGGCCGGAGAGAGGAGGCAAGACCAAGGGGCGCGCUCUCCGGCAGAGGCAAGAGGCGUUCGAGGAAUCGCUGCAAGUUUCGGCUGCCAUAUUUUCAGCAAUUCGCCGAUGUCCGGCGCUGGCGCGCGACCAGAGCAUCCUUCCCCCGGUGUUGCUAGGCUGCUGCAGCGAGAACCACCUCGCCGCCCGACACGCGUUUGCGAUCCUCGCGGACCUUGCCAUGAAGUCGCCGGAUGUGGUGUCUCAGACGCUCCUUAGCAAGGCUAUGCUCGUCCCGACAACGGUAGGCAUGCUUCAGGCCCCCGGCGGCCUCGCGUCCGCGGGGGGGGAGCCCAACCUGGCGGACUCGCUGGCGUGCGUGUACUACCUCCGGGCUAUCAAAGCCCUGGCAUUCGCGGGGGCCCUCGACGACACGAUGAGGCUGGACAUGUACCGCACCAUGGUUAGCUCGGUGUCGGACGCGCGGCAUCGCGUGGCGUUGGAGGCGAUGCAGUGCCUGCUUGACCACCCGAGGGCGUGGGAGCUGCUCGUGAACGCCCAGCGAGAGUCUCGAGAUGCCGACAUCUUCCGCAGAGUAGUAGACCGCAUCAAGGUGUGCGUGGAGGAGGCCACUGCCCCCGCUACAGCCGCUGCGGCUGCCACUGCCGCACACGAUGGAUCGACCGCUGCUAGCCGGCCGGGAUCCCCUACUGAGCUUCCCCCCGCAGCGCCCGCCGACCUGGGCCACAAGAAGAAGAAGAAGAUGAUGAGGAAGAAGGAGAAGGGUAGUGGCGGCGGGGCUGGCAAUGGACCGGCGGGGGUGGGGGCGAGCGAGGCGCAUUGCAACUGGGCGUUGGCCCACGCUGCUUGCCGGGUGUGUAGGGUGGUGGGCCGCACCUUCCAGGUGGCGAUUAGACCAUGCAGAACCAAAAUCGAGCUGGUGUCGACGGCAGCAGCGGCGGUAGCAGCACCGUCUUGGCAAGCACGGCUGCGACAGCAAGCGUCGGCGGAGAGCGUCGUGGCAGCGGGACCUCCGGCCCGCGCCCCCCGUCCGUCAACGCCCGCCACGGCUUCUCGGAAGGUGGUGGAAGAGCAGAACACGGCGGCGAUCAGAGACUUGUGCCGCGCGCUGCAGCAACACAGGCUGCUGGAGAGCCCGCAUCUGCACGUGCGCAGCCUUGCCCUCGAGGCUAUGUUCCUGUUGGUGCCAGACCCUUCGCCGCUGGACCCGCAGCUCCGAGGCCUGUGGGACUGGCUGCAGCAAAGAGUCGAGCAGUGCCCCUCCACCCUCCCGGACACUGUCCUUAGCGAACUGGUGGACACCCUGCUCACGCGGGUCCAGUGCAGCGCUACCAGCCGGGAAGAGGUGAUCCCGAUCGCCCUCGCUCUGACGGAGAGCUUCAUGUACCAGGUGCCGAGCGAGGAAAUGGGGCGCUGCGUUUUGAGGGCGUGGUGCCAGUGUGCCGGAUAUGGGGGGCGGGCGCGCGAAUCGGUGCUUCAGUCGGUGUACCGCAUCCUCGAUAGGAGUAUCGCCCUGCCGCCCGACAACCCGCGCACGGCGUUCGCGUCUGCGGCGAACGAUCGCGCCAGCACCGGCAGUGUUGGUGAUAGAGGAGGAGCGGCCCGUCACGUGAGGGGGAUGGCGAGUGAAGACUGGACCCGGCAGCCGAUCUCGACGGGAGGGGCACAGGGGUCGGAGGACGGCAGCCAGCCGGGCAGGAUACCGCCGACUAUCGUAAGCGGGGGUGGAAGCAGCGGUAGCAGCGGGUUUGCUACUAGCUUAAACGGCGUGUCGAUGAUACUUGGCGGCGAUGAGGCGUCCCGCUGGGGUAACGCCGGGGGGGGGGGUGCGGGAGGAGACCCGAGCGAGACGCCGAGAUUGAAGUAUCUCAGAACGAAGAGCGCAGCUACGAGGCUCAAGCGCUCCGCCUUUUGGUUCCUCGGUGAGUACUGCUGCCAGCUAACGGGAGCACCAGCUGAGUCAUCGCAAAACCCCGACCAAAGUCCACCUCCAGCCGAAACCGGCGGGAACGAGUUGCUCGACGUCUGGACAUCUCCUGUGCCUAGCCCGACAAAGGGUGGAACGGGCAGGCUCCCGGCGGGUCUCGGGGACAUGGGAGCGGAGGCGAGCGCCGAGGCGCACCCUGUGGUAUCGGGGAUGAACGGGGCGACGAUAUCCAUCCUGAUGCGAUUGAAGCACGCCGCGAUGUUUGAGGACUUCCAGACCCGCUCUACGUGUGCGUCGGCGCUCUGCAAGAUCGCCCUCCGUCUGCCAGAUCCGAUCCGAUUCGACGCUUACUGCUUUCUCCAAGGCCUGGCGGACUCUGCGGCAUUGUUCCCCCUCGUGCCAUCGCGCCAAGACAACGAUCCUGGCUGUAGUGGAGAGGGUCUGCUGGAAGGGCACUGGCGAGAGCAGGAAGCGCUCUUUGAAAGGAUUGAAAAUGCGGGUGCUUACGGCAUCCGCGAGGUGGUCACGCCCGUUCUGGACUACCUUGGCUGCUUGUACUCCAUGCCGGACAGCGAGGAAACGCGACCAAGCUCUUCGCAGGAUGGGUCGCUGCCGACCGAGCGGACCGAGGUCGGACAGCGCUCGGCCAUGGAGACGAAGUUGUUGGGUGUGUACAGGCGCGUUUUGGACCAGCACGGAGCGGCUCCCGGACCGUGAUUUACCUUGUCUCUCACCUGUUCGGUGUCUCUGGCUGCCAAGGAGGCUCGUCGAGUGCAUAGAUGGAGCAUAUUCCCCCGCUAUAUGUUCCUCGGGCUCAGUGUAAUUUGGUCGGGUGGCAUGUUGUGCUGAUUGUAUCGAGGACGCUAUUGUAUUCACGAUGGACGCUUGUUGAGGCAUUUGGUGGCAGGUGAUUGCCCCGCUGUCUUGUCCUCUUUGACUGAAGCCUUGUUUGCUCCUCUGUAGGUGUGUACCCGUGCUGCUUUAGGUGUGUGGUGCAGAAAGGUUUAGCGUCUUUGUGAUAACAUUAUUAUGGGUAUGCUGUGAUACGUGUAUUAGUAAAUAGUGUGUAGAUUUGAGUGUAGGUCACGCUGAACCCCAUUCAGUAUCACUGUAUAAUCCAUAAUGAUAGACCCCCUCUUUAGGAUGUAUUGGGGGGGGGGGGGG